AUGGUUCGAAUGAAUGCGUUAGCCGAUGCUUUAAAAUCCAUAAAUAAUGCUGAGAAACGUCAUAAACGACAGGUUUUAAUACGACCAUGUUCAAAAGUUAUUGUCAAAUUUUUAACUGUUAUGAUGAAACAUGGUUAUAUUGGCGAAUUUGAAAUUGUUGAUGAUCAUCGUGCAGGAAAAAUUGUCGUGAAUUUAAAUGGUCGAUUAAACAAAUGCGGUGUAAUCAGUCCUCGUUUUGAUUGUACAUUAAGAGAAAUUGAAACAUGGACAAAAAAUCUUUUACCAUCACGUCAAUUUGGUUUUAUUGUCUUAACAACAUCUCAUGGAAUACUGGAUCAUGAAGAGGCAAGAAGAAAACAUACGGGUGGAAAAGUAUUGGGCUUCUUUUUCUAA